GUGCUGGACUGCCCAAAGGAUUUAACAUUUGAGGAUCUCGUCACAACCAUACAGUGUCAUCCAUCAAAGAACCUUGUUGCUUCCGGGUUGAUUAAUGGAGAUGUUUUUAUACAUUCCUUCAGCUGUGAAGCAGAAAAUGCAGAAGUUCACCAGUUUGUUCAUCACAGGAAAACUUGUAGGGCCCUAAGGUUCUCAGAUGAUGGCAGGCGUUUGUUUUCAGUGUCCAAAGACAAGUCUUUGUACUGCGUUGACGUGGAGACGGGCCGGCUCAAGAAGAAAAUCAAAAAUGCUCAUGAAUCCCCAAUCUACAGUUUAGCUCUCACCGGGGACACAUUUCUGGCUACUGGAGACGACGAUGGGGUUCUUAAGGUAUGGGACAUGAGAACCAAAGCAGCCACCAUGGAAUUGAAGGAAUGUGAAGAUUUCAUCAGUGAUAUGGUUGUGGAGGACAACAAGAAAAUUAUCGCUUCCAGUGGUGAGGGUACGCUGACGUGCUUCAACAUUAGGCAGAAAAAGAUGGAGAGUCAGUCCGAAUUGUUCGACUCUGAGUUGCUCUGUCUGGCAAGAAUGAAGGGUGGACGUAAACUGGUAUGUGGGACCAGUGAAGGUGUGUUGAAUGUCUUCAACUGGGGCCAAUGGGGGAACAUCAGUGAUCGGUUCCCAUGUGGGGUUGACCAGAUAGACAGUGUGGUUGCCGUCACAGACGAUGUGUUGUGUGUGGGGACCAGUGAUGGUAAUAUCAGGGCAGUACACGUGCUUCCAAACAGAGUGCUAGGAAUUGUGGGACAGCACGAAGAAGGAUUUCCCAUAGAAGACAUGAGUUUGACGAGUGACCAGGCUUAUGUUGCUAGCUGUUCUCAUGAUCGAAGAGUCAAAUUCUGGAAUGUGGACGAGCUGAAGACACAGACCGUUGACACCAGCAAGAAAGGCACAAAACAGGCCAAGAGAAGGCUGGUCAAAUUUGGCAAAGUCAAGAAAAAUGACUUUUUCUCAGGUUUGGUUGAGGAUAAUAAUGGUGAUGAUGAUAAGGAUAAUGAUAAAAGUGAUGAAGAUGAUUCUGAUUCUGAUUAA